AUGAAGUUCGCCACUGCUCUGUUGGCGUUUGCCGCCAUCGCUCUUGCUACUGAGGACCAUGACCACGACAAGGGUAAGGACAAGACCAAGACCAUUGUGACGGAAGUCUUGACCACCUACACCACCGUCUGCCCGGUCACCGUCACCAAGCCUGGCCAUGGCACUACCCACUACGAGGUCAUCACCACAACCUCUACCGUCGUGGAGAAAGUACCAACAACGGUCUACGAACAUCUCCCGGGACACACAGAUUAUGUCACCAAGACCGACGUUGAAUACACCACCUACACGAGCUUGUGCCCGGUGACGGAAACUAUCACUGGCGAGGGCCACACCUACACAAAGACCUACACGACAAUCAGCACGAUUGUUGAGAAGGUUCCCACAAAGGUGUGGGAGACUGUCCCGGGCCCCACGGUCAUUGAGAAGACCAAGGAGGUCGAGUACACGACCAUCACUAAGCUUGUUCCCCACACCAAGACCCUGACCCAGGAUGGGCACACAAUCACUCAGACGUACACCGAGACCGAGACGAUCGUCACAAAGGUACCAACCAAGGUCUGGGAGACUGUCAAGCUCCCCGAUGUUACCAAGACCGAGAAGGACGUCGAGUACACGACAAUCACUAAGCUCGUCCCUCACACCAAGACCUUGACCCAGGAUGGGCACACAAUCACUCAGACGUACACCGAGACCGAGACGAUCGUCACAAAGGUACCAACCAAGGUCUGGGAGACUGUCAAGCUUCCCGACGUUACCAAGACCGAGAAGGGUGUCGAGUACACAACAUUGACGAGCCUCUGCCCGAUCACCGAAACGAAGACUGUUGGCGGAGAGACCGUCGUCAUUACGUGGAUCUCGACCUCGACUAUCGUCACUCAGGUCCCCACCAAGGUCGACGUGUACACUACCGUCAAGACCACCCAGCACCUCUCCACGGAGGUCUACGAGACCGUCACCAAGCCCGUCACCACCUACCAAACGAUCGAACACGGCGAGACCCACUGGGUCACGGCCACUGGCACCAAGACCAUCACCGUUGAGAAGGUCCACACCAUCACGGAGGUCCUGGUUGAGACCAAGACGAAGCACGUUGAAGUCACCCACGCUGUCACUGUCGGCGGCGAAGAUGUCGUGACCCAGAAGUCCUGGGUCUACGUCACCGUCUCCGGCACGGUCUACGCUACGCAGACCAGAGCACCCGUCACCGUUGUCGUCCCCACGACGAGUGCAGUGACAAUUCCUGCGACGACUGUGGCGAGCACUGUGGUCGGCACUUCCGCCCCCGUCGUUGUUGAGACCGGUAGUGCGGACGCCCGUAAGGCGCCGGCCGCUGUCUUUCUGGCCGGUGUCUUGGGUGCCGUUGCGCUUCUCUAA